AUGCUCACCUCCGUCCACAGAAAAGGCGAUUAUGAUGCGCACCUCAUCCGUCGAUUCGCCCAUCCGGCACAAGACAUGUACACGGCCCUGCGCGCCCUAAAUCUAGAGCUCGUCCGCCUCCCCGACAUCGUGUCCCACCCGACCAUCGGCCUCAUGCGCAUCAAGUUUUGGCAGGAGUCAAUCGACAAGACCUUCGCCGGCCAGCCGCCACGUGAGCCCAUCUGCAUCCUUCUCCACCACGCGCUGCUGUUCAUGGACCAGCACGCCGACGCAUCGCGCAAGAAGUCGAUCAAGUUUUGGCUGUCGCGCCUGGUCCGCACGCGCGAGAAGCACAUGGACAACCGGCCAUUCACGAGCCUCGCCGCACUCGAGGACUACGCUGAGAAUACCUACUCCACGAUGAUGUACGCGAUGCUGGCGAGCCUCGGCCUGCGGUCAAUGGACGUGGACCAUCUCGCCAGCCACGUCGGCAAGGCGUGCGGCAUCGUCGCCGUCCUGCGCGGCGUGCCGCUGCUGGCCGCACCACCGCCGCCCAUCAAGACGCCCAGCGGCGACUCGCCGCCCACGCGAGAGCCGGCGCUGUUGCUGCCGCUCGACGUCAUGGCCGACGAGGGCGUCAAGGAGGAGGAAGUCUUCCGCCAGGGCCCCAACGCUCCCGGUCUGCAGGAUGCCAUCUUCAAGGUCGCCACGCGUGCCAAUGACCAUCUCAUCACGGCGCGGGAGAUGCUGAAGCGGUUGCGCGCCGGUGAGGACGCUGGCCACGAUUUUGAGCACGAGGGCGAGGGAGCGCACGUGUACGAGGACGGGGAGAGCGACCGCGCCAGGGAUCUGCACCGAGGGUUCCGCGUGCUGCUGGAGGCAGCGCCGGCAACCUAUUUUCUCGAGCGGCUGGAGCAGGCCAACUUUGACCCCUUUGCUGUGAAGGCGGCCGGGUGGAAAUUGCCCUGGCGGGUUUGGCAGACACUUUCAAAGGAACGGCUGUAA